AUGUCCCAAGAAACCACAUCUUGGGUGUCCCAUGGGAACGGUACCCGCUUCGCGCUACAAGAAGUCAAGUUGGGACCUCUAAAAGCGGAUGAAGUCAGAGUGAAACUCAAGGCUACAGGCAUCUGCCAUACCGGUCUGCUGCUCAAGCUGUUAUUGCGGAUCGAUACUAACUUGGUCGUAGAUAUCCUCGCUGCUGAUGGCGACCUUCCUGCACAACUCCCGGCCAUCCUUGGGCACGAGGGAGCGGGAGAGAUUGUGGAGGUUGGACCUGGAGUCUCCAACCUGCAGGAAGGGGACCGCGUGGUCCUCUCUUUUGCGUCAUGUUCCUCGUGCCACAGCUGUCUAUCUGGCGUCCCAACUGCUUGUAGCGAAUUUCUAGCCUUGAAUUUGAUGGGGACACGGACCGAGAACGUGCACACAAUACCCUCAACUUCUGCCGAGGACCAACAAGGGAACGAAGCAAUUUCAUUGACGACUAAAUUUUUUGGACAAUCUACAUUUGCAACAUUUGCGAAUGUCAAUGUUCGCUCAUGCGUCAAGCUGAACCCAAAGUCCAUGAAGCUGGCCUCUGGCGACGAUGUCCCAUGGGCUCGUCUGGCAUCAUUGGGCUGCGGAUUUAUGACCGGUUCAGGCACAGUCUUGAACGUAUGCAAACCGGGACCAGGCUCUAGUAUCGGGGUCUUUGGAGUUGGUGCAGUCGGUCUCGCAGCCAUUGCCGCGGCGAGAAAUCUUUCCGCAGCAAGCUCCAUCAUUGCUGUGGAUAUCUCCCAGCCCAAGCUGGACGUCGCAGCAUCCAUGGGUGCGACACUUUGCUUCAACUCACGCCAAGGCAAUGAUGCUUGUAUUCAAGCUAUCAAAGAUGCCACAGGUGGUCGGGGACUCGAUUUUGCAAUAGACACGACGGGUAAUGUCAAUGUUAUCGGAACAAUGCUUCGCUGCUUGACAGCUUACGGUACCGGGAUACAGAUAGCAGGUCCAUCGUCAGGCAAAAAUGUCGAGGUUCAUCCGUCAUUCAUGGUCAACGCUGCAGUUACUUACCGAGGUAUCAUAAUGGGUGCUGCAAAUCCACAAUUAUACAUACCCGCUCUGCUAGAUUACUACUUACAGGGUAGAUUUCCAGUUGUAGACCUCGUCAAGGAGUAUCACUACCGCGAUCUGAACGUUGCCAUCGAGGAGAUGAAGACAGGAUCUGUGGUGAAAGCCGUUCUAGUCUGGGACUGA